UCAAUUUCAACAUUUCAACUUUCGAGGUAUCAUGCAACUUGUCUCUGUCCUUACCCCUUUUCAUUGAUUUCAAUUAAUUACAGUAAAGUUUUUAAAAUUUCCUGUGUUAAGACGAUAGUCGAGUAAUAAAGUGAUAUAUUUCCUUAUCUUUCUGUAUUACUUAUCGACAAUACAUUCAAUAACACAUUCCCCUCUUCCGACAAUUUAAUGAAUUCUCUUCUUAGAUCCCUCACUAUCAAUACAUGUGGAAAUUUUCAUACAUUGCUUUCCCGCAGUCUGAGCAGAACAGCCCCAAACAUGAUUGAAUCAUCAGAAACCUCAUUGCCGUUUGACUAUGAUGGAGCACCUAUUGAAUCUUCGAUACGAAAAAAAUUGACUGAGAGCCUGUCCCCAAUGCACUUGGAGAUCGUCAAUGAGUCGUACAUGCACAACACACCUGACUCUGAAACUCAUUUCAAACUUUUAAUUAUUUCCACAGCCUUCCUGAAUAAAUCACCAAUUCAGAGACACAGAAUGGUGUAUGAACUGUUAGAUGAAGAAUUGAAAAAAGGUGUUCAUGCUUUGUCUAUUGUUGCCAAAACUCCUGAUCAGUGGCAGGAAGGGAAGCGAGACAUAUCUCCUAGUCCAAAAUGUCGUGGUGGCUUUGGCAAAUAAGAUGGUCAUCCUAUAGUUGAUUCAGGAACUCUCCUCUGAUGAGAGAUAUCUUUUCAUUGUUUUCUUUCAAACCCUUUCGCUUUAUUAUCUGUUUCAAGUGAUUUCUCUAAGAAGUGUAAAUUAUGUAAAAUAUCUUGUAAAUUCUUGUUGUUUAUUGUUCUUAUUAAAAUUGUUCAAUGUGAAA